AUGCUCCAAACGCAGACCCAACACGUCUUUUCCCAUCAACAUCAGUAUCCGCAGGCUGAUCCAUCCUGGCUGCAGCAGCAACAACAACAACAGCAGCAGCAGCAGCAACACCACCACCACCACCACCAUCAUCAUCAUCAAGCCCAGCACCAUGCUCAGCAGCAGCACUCUUCGUUGGCGGCCCAACAGCAUGCCCAGGUCCAGGCCGCUGCAGCCGCUGCGGCGGCCGCUCAGCAACAGCAUUAUAGCCGCAUCGCUAUGGCCUCCAAUACCGGUGCUGGGAAUCCAGGACAGGGUGCCGGUGCCGGUGCCGGUGCAAUAGGCGGGGAUGGCUCGUUGCCGGGCGCCGUGUCGGUUAUGGAUGGUGGGAUCAGCGAUGAGAACCGCAAGGUUUUCAUCUGGGUGGCGGAACUAUUGGACCCGAACCGCAGAGAGGCAGCUCUGAUGGAACUCAGCAAGAAGAGGGAACAGGUCCCUGAGCUGGCGUUGGUCAUUUGGCAUUCAUUCGGUGUCAUGACCGCUCUACUCCAAGAGAUUAUUUCAGUAUACCCUCUCUUGAAUCCGUCCCAGUUGACGGCGGCCGCUUCGAAUCGAGUUUGCAACGCGCUGGCUCUGCUACAAUGUGUGGCCUCUCACAAUGAGACUCGCACUCUCUUCCUGAAUGCACAUAUCCCACUCUUCUUAUACCCGUUUCUUAACACCACCUCCAAGUCGCGUCCAUUCGAAUACCUCCGUCUCACCUCUCUGGGUGUGAUCGGGGCCUUGGUUAAAAAUGACUCCUCGGAUGUCAUUAAUUUCCUUCUCACCACCGAGAUCAUCCCACUCUGUCUUCGCAUUAUGGAGACGGGUUCGGAACUGAGCAAAACAGUGGCCAUUUUUAUUGUACAGAAGAUUCUACUCGAUGACAUUGGUCUUGCUUAUAUUUGCGCCACCUAUGAGAGGUUCUAUGCGGUGGGGACUGUUCUGAGCAAUAUGGUCACUCAGCUUGUGGAGCAACAGACCGUACGGCUGCUCAAGCACGUUGUGCGCUGCUUUCUUCGCCUGAGUGACAACAGCCGGGCACGGGAGGCCUUGCGACAAUGUCUUCCCGAACCUCUACGGGACGCCACCUUUUCUUCCGUCCUCCGCGAUGACGCUGCCACAAAACGUUGCCUCGCACAGCUCCUCAUUAACCUCUCCGACAAUGUCUCCGAUGGCGCGCCGGGUGUUGCUUUGUAA